UCAGUCCCUAUCCUCUCCUCUCCGAGGCGCAGUAAUCUAGCAUUUCUCAGAGUAGGAAGUGCAGUUUGCGGUAACAGAGAAUUGAAAGUACGCCAUAAAUAUGGCGCCAAAAGAGUUUUCAAGCUGAUGAUAAGAGCUGAUUUUUUCUUUCAUCCCCCGUGAUGUCUUUUUUUGGGGUGUGUUCUUUCUUCUUCCUCGGGGGUGUGGGGAGAGGUUGAAAGACGAAACCCGCCUGUGCAUUUUAGUGCGAAGAGCCGUGCGUGCACGUCCACCGGGUUAGAGGAGUGGAGGCGAGGCACGGCGGCAAGUGAAGACCGGGGGGAGAGCUCCGCGUUUUAUUUUGGAAGGAGGGACGUUGCGUAAACUGGCUCGCGAUUUUUUCUGACUCAUCGUUUGGAAAUAAAGCAUCCUUUUUCUUUUUUCUUUUUUUAUUUGAUCAACCCUCCUCCUCUUGCUUCUCUGUCUCCCCCCCCCUUCCCCGUUUCCUCGCGUACCGCUGGCACCGGAGAGGAAAACAUCGUCGGAUUCUUUUUUUUGGACACCACGUUUGGACUGCUUUUUUUUCUGCAAAAUGCGACAUGCUUUCCUGUGAGCGGUAUGUUGUGCGCACCUCGCAGGCUGCUAUACCGUGAACAGCAGCAGGACCAGCGGCGGACACCAGCACCAGCACCACAACCACACGCUGUUUGUUGGUGUUGUUGUUGUUGUUGACGACUUGUAGAAAAAAAAGGCUGCAACUCUGUCUGGCUGCCACUUUUGGAUUUUUUAUUUCGGAUUUGGACUCGGCGGCCGGUCUUUGCAGAGCCGACGCGCUGUCAACGCAGACUGCGCGGAGGAGGGAAGGGGAGGGGAAGGGACGGUCCUGUCACCCAAACGUGGAAGCCGGAGUCGGGGCUGCCAGGGCACCGAGUGGGCAAACUGAACUGCUGAACCCUCCUCCAUAAAACUACAUGUGCUAGGCUCCCAAUGAUCUCCUAAUCUCUGGGAAUCGCCCGCCGUGCAGGACCGUGGACGUCUCUGCAUCCGAAGCUGUCUGCGAUCAAGAUGGAGAGCGAAAAGAAGAGGAGAAAAUACUCCACGAGCAGCAACGACUCUGACACCACCGACAGUCAGGUGACGUCGUGGUCCAGGUCAUCCAAGAAUACGGGCACCAGCAGCACAUGGGUCUGCCACCAGCACAAGAAGCCAUCAGAGGUAUUUCGUACUGACUUCAUUACGGCCAUGAAGCUCCCGGACUCGGCCCAGCUCGGCCCGGACGACUUCUAUGUGCUCUCGGACCCUUGGAGACAAGAGUGGGAGAAGGGGGUGCAGGUCCCCGCCAGCCUGGAAGCCAUACCAGAGCCUGUGGUCAGGUCGCUGUCGACAGGCGGCCUUUCCGACAGCGAGCAGGAAGAGACGGAGAGCGGCGCCCAGCCUCCUCCCACCCAGCGCUACAGCGGCUACGACCUGGACGACCUGGACGUCGCCUGGCUGGAGCUGGUCAACCACGAGUUCAGACAGAUGGCGCUGCCGGAGCUGGACGAGCUGACGAUGGAGUGCGUCCUGGUCGAGCUGGAGAGCACGUGCGAGGAGAAGAUGCGGCAGGCCAUCGAGACGGAGGAAGGCCUGGGCAUCGAGUACGACGAGGACGUGGUGUGCGACGUCUGCCGCUCGCCAGAGGGAGAGGACGGCAACGAGAUGGUCUUCUGCGACGAGUGCAACGUCUGCGUUCAUCAGGCCUGUUAUGGCAUCCUGAAGGUACCCCAGGGGAACUGGCUGUGUCGGACCUGCGCUCUGGGCGUCCAGCCCAAAUGUCUGCUCUGCCCCAAGAGAGGGGGGGCCCUCAAGCCCACCCGCAGUGGAACCAAGUGGGUCCACGUCAGCUGUGCCUUAUGGAUCCCCGAGGUGAGUAUAGGCUGUCCAGAGAAGAUGGAGCCCAUUACCAAGGUGUCCCACAUCCCCGCCAGCCGCUGGGCUCUGUACUGCAGCCUGUGUCGAGAGCACACGGGAACCUGCAUACAGUGCUGCAUGCCCUCCUGUAUCGUGGCCUUUCAUGUGACGUGCGCCUUCGACCACGGCCUGGAGAUGAGGACCAUCCUGGCAGAGAACGACGAGGUGCGCUUCAAGUCCUUCUGCCUGGAGCACAGCUGCAGCGCCGGCAACGGCAGUACGGCAGCCAGCAACUUCUCCAGUUUGACCGGUGUGAGCAACGGUAACCACACCACCACUUCCACCACCAACGCAGCCACGCCCAGGCCGGACUGGGGGGCCGCCACCGGUACCGGUACCGGUCUCGGCCCUGAGCUUUGGCCGGACCAUCAGCACCAACCAAACAUCAGCAGCAACGCGGAGCAGAGGUCGGUAUUGUACCCGAUUCCGGUGUCGGCAUCGGAGCGGGCUGAGCGGGAACAGCUGGAAAGAGAGAAAGUGAGCCAGAGGAAACAGAAGCUCCAGGAGCUGGAGGACGAAUUUUACCAACUGGUGGACCCCAGGGAGGUGGCUGAAAACCUGGCGCUGCCCGUCCCCCAGGUGGACUUCUUGUAUCAGUUCUGGAAGAUGAAGAGGAAGGCCAACUUCAAUCAACCUCUGGUGACCUUAAAGAGGGACGAGGUGGACAACCUGGCCCAGCAGGAGCAGGACGUCCUCUACAGACGCCUCAAGCUCUUCACACACCUCCGACAAGACCUGGAGAGGGUGCGUAACUUGUGCUACAUGGUGACACGGAGGGAGAAAAUGAAACAUACCAUGUGCGACAUCCAGGAGAAGAUCUUCCACCUGCAGAUACAACUACUGGAAGAGGAGAAAGCUGGAGAAAAAAGCCAGAAGGGAGAAAAGAGCAAACAGAAUGGAGCGAAGGAUAAAGGGAAGGAGAGGAGGAAGAGUAGUCCUGAGAAGAAAAAGGAGAGAUUGAAGCAAGAGAACGGCUCCCUGCUAAAAGAGCUAGGUUUGUCAAAGUCUUUCCCGCUGGACAACUCUUUGUUCGACAGCUGGCUCGCCCAGACGGUUCAGAUCACUGCUGACGACAUGCUGAGCCAGUGGGCUCUGGGCGCCCAGCAUCGGGACAAGAGCGGCAGCCUGCUCUCCGACCAGCUCCUGCAAGGCGAGGAAAGUCUGCUGAACCUAAGGAUGGAGAAGUCCAUGCAGUCCGCUUGGAAAACGCCUCAGCUGGGCCGCAAACCGCGAGGGAGCAACAAGCUGCGCGCUCGCGGACACCCGCAACCCACCGCCCCCGCCUUGCCCCAGACGCCCCUGUCUGCGGCCUCCGCCGCCACCUCCGCCUCCGCCUCCGGCUGCCCCUCCGCCUCCGGCAGCCCCUCCACUGCAAAGCAGUGGGAAAGCGUGGUGGAGGAAAAGCCCGGCCACGUGGUCCGGAAAGGGGAAAGGUCCAGGGGCUCCUCAAAGGCCUUGCACCACCACUACCUUCAUCACCACCAGACAAGGAGCUCUGACCUAGACAGGGACCCGCCGCCGCAGCCGCCCAUCUCCAAAAUGGAUUCCUGUCACAUCUCGGAGGACCGCGGCCCGUGGGACAGCGUCUACGCGGGGAACAACGACACGUUCGGUUUCACUGCAAGCUCAUCUCCGCGUCCGGCCUCCAGCCCCGGGGCCACGUUGCCCGACACGGGGGCAUUCAUUCGCGGCAGGGUGCCGCGGCUCCGUCUGACCCGCCAGGUCAAAUCCAGAGGCAGAGGCAGGGGCGUCGGUGCGCGCGUCCAGGGGCUGCAGCCCGUGGGCCUGCCGCUCACAGGAAAGGACACGUCCGAGACCGACGGGUACUUCUCCGACGGCGAGCAGAGUGAUCCAGACACACGCUCUGGCGCACGCAACCUCUGCUUGCCGCAGUUGCAUUCUGGGAACGAGGACCUGCUGAGAAGGAGGGCGCUGGCCUCAUAAAGAACUGAGACACAGUGGUCCUAACUUGACUAACUGUUUCUCCAUCUGUGCCCAAUAAACAGUCCAGAAAACAUGGCUGGAUGGCGUCGUUCAACCAAAUCCCUGUCACAUUUACCCGAGGAAAAUCUCUUCAGCUCUCACCUGAUUUGUUUUUGGGAGAGGGGUUGGGGGGAUUUGAAUGUAGCGGUUUGCCUGUCGGACAGUAAAGCUUCUCCACCGGACCGUAGUUUCUUCGCUAGCUUUCCACAAGAUGCGAUACAUUCAGCAAAUAGGAAAGAAACAUUACCCAUAGUCUUCUUUUGUUUUGUAUUUCAGAUUCAUUUUGUUUCUGAGCGUUGAAGUACCCAUUUCUGCCAGACUUGGGAACAAACACUUCGGGGCAUUAUUAUGAUUAUUAUGAUUAUUAUUCAAGCUGGUUUCAGGGUCUGCUUCGCUCUCGGUCCUCAUGGCCUGAGAUGCAUCCAACGAGUCCCUGUUUUCUUGAAUAUGUUCAGUGGAAAGACAAUUUCACACCAGAGCUGGUCUGAAUAUGUACAAAGAGCGACCUGGGAUAACAUGUAUUCAGCCUUGAAAAGCACAACUAGCUAGUCAUAAGAACGUAAGCACUCGUGUGUGUAUAAUAGAUCAUUCAGGGUUGGGUUCAAUUCUCAUCACGUCGACUCAAAAUAUAAACUAAAGCCCUUACUCUCAAAUUUAUCUUCACGGACGAAAAAGACAGAUUUCAAGCUUCUCCAAUUUUAUUUUUUAUAGCAAAUAGAUUGAGCCCAACCCUGGUGCUCAUUCAGAUUGUCACACAGAGACACAAACACACAGACAUACUGACACACAUACUACUAUAAGCAAAUCCCUUUGCUCACAUCACAGCCGUUGUUGAGAUAUUUCAUCUGACUUUCGUCAGCUGCUUUCAAAUUCUUCCGAAUUCUGAGUUACGUUUUUUUAAAUUUUUUUUUAAGCCUGAAUCUUUGGAGAAAAAUCAUCGUAGAAACUCUGUGCCUUCUGUCGCUUUCCCUGUGCAAUCUGCCUCCCCCCCCCCACCAACCUUAUAUCAAUCAACCAAACAAUCAAUAAGUAGAUCAAUCAGUCGUUUCUCAAUCGGAUUUGUAACAAUCAAACCAAAAGGAAACCCCGUUGGAUGGGUUACCGAGUGUAGCCGGCAUUGGGCUCCUUGUCACCUUAACAAUUGUCGAGUGCCUGAAACAAGGAUGUAAAUGCAGCGUUUGCCAUUAAUCAACGAAGCAUCUGCACGCAGUUAGCGAAGCAGAGCCACAAAGUACUAUCAGCGCAAAGAGCUGCUUACUGUUCUGUGCCCCCCCACAACCCCCCAACCACAACCCACCCACCUAACUAGAUCACUGCAGUCCAGAGCCGUCGAUGAACAGGGUUUGGCCACGUUACACUGAGAACGCCGCGUCUCCUCGAGAGACACGACUUAAACAAUAGAUACACGUGGAGAAGAUAAUAGUCAAAU